AUGUACUCGACGUCGUUCGAUCCCUCCGCGGCGCCAUCCGCGCGGUGCCUCGCCGUGGGGAAUCUCUGGGAGCAGCUGAGCAAGGCGCCACUGGGGGCGCACGCUCGUGCUGCCGCGUGUGCGCAGCAGCCGCAUCGGCGGCAACAACCCGCCACGUGGCAUGCUCCCCGCGUGCGCGGAGAGGGGAUGAGGGAGGAAAGAGUUGGUGACUACUGCCUUGCAUGCCCGCUAUCAUGCACCCCACCCUGCCUGCACUCCCCUUCCAUCCACCCCUUCUCCCCUUUUCCACCCCUUGUCCACCUUCCCCCGCUUUCAACCCCUUCCCUUCCACCCGUUUGCCCCUUCCACACCCUUCCCCAUUUCCUCACCUUUCCCCUUUUUGGCCCCUUCCGUUCCCUUCCGUUUCCUUUCCCUCUUUUUUUCACCUUUCCCCCUUUCCAUCGCUCCUCCAUCCCUUCCUGCUACACCCGUGGCAUCUGUUCUGUUGCACCUCUUACACCCCGCCUUCUCCUCUCCCCCGGCCUUUCCCCCCGGGGCAGGGAGGGGGAGUGGAGGAGAGGGCGGUGA